AUGGAGAACGUGCGCAAGCACGUCGACGUGAGACUGGCGACGACAUGGGAGGGUAGACACGGCGCGGAGGCGCUGAUCGCGAAACCAAAUUUUCACAGCCGCAGCGUUUUCGCGGAAAAUUUAAUCGCCGUCGAACUGCGUAAACUCAAGGUACAAUUCUACAAGCCGAUUUACGUGGGUAUGUGUAUACUCGACGUAUCAAAAGUCUGCCUGUACGAAUUUCACCACGAGUACAUGUUGCCGCUGUACCGCGACAAGUGCAAGGUCAUGUACACCGACACGGACAGUCUCAUAUACCAUCUCGAGUGCGAGGAUGUUUACGAGACGAUGAAACAUGAUAUCGCUCGAUUCGACACGAGCGAUUAUCCCAUGGACAACGCGUACGGUACGCCUCGCGCGAAUAAAAAAGUGCCGGGUUUGAUGAAGGACGAGAACAAUGGCGCGAUAAUGACAGAAUUCGUCGGGCUCAGGGCGAAGAUGUACGCGGUGAGGGUGGACGGUAGGAGGGACAUCAAAAAGAUCAAGGGGGUCAAGAGUAACGUCGUAGCGCGGACGAUAACGUUCGACGAUUACACGCGAUGCCUGAACGAACAUAUCGAAAUGACUCGUAGUCAGUCGUGUAUACGAUCGAGGCUGCACGAGAUUGUUGAUAUGAGAAAUACUCAAAGAUGA